CCUGAAUCCAGUUUCAUCAUUCAACGGCUUGCCAAUAUGGUGUACGAUUCUGAAAUCCUCAUAAUUGGGGCCGGUAUGUCGGGUCUUGGUCUCGCCGUCCAGCUAAUUCGAAAAUAUGGCAUUCGAAAUUUUGAAUUGGUCGAAAAGACUGACGAUGUGGGAGGAACCUGGUUUCAGAACAAGUACCCCGGAUGCGGUUGUGAUGUUGCUUCCCACUUCUACUCAUACUCGUUUGCCCUUAAUCCUAACUGGACUCGCAAGUAUUCUAUGCAGCCCGAAAUCCAUGCAUAUUUUCGAUCAGUCGCGGAGCAAUACCACAUUGUGGAGCACAUUCGCUUCCAUACUGUGGUUGAGAAAGCAGAGUGGGAUAACCAAGAUAAGACUUGGGUAGUCACAUUGUUUGAUCUGGAAUCGAAAACCUACAGAACACGUCGAACAAAGAUACUUGUGAGUGCAGUGGGUGCACUGAGUGUCCCCAAAGAAUGUCACAUCCCGGGCAAAGAUAACUUCCGGGGACUCAUGUUCCACUCUGCUAAUUGGGAUUGGACAUUUGAUUGGAAAGAAAAAGAUGUCGUCGUUCUUGGAAAUGGCUGCUCGGCAACUCAGUUCCUGCCCAUUAUGGCAUCUACCACCCCGGUUCGAAAGGUUACUCAAUUCUCGCAACAGGCGCAAUAUCUUUCGGAGCGUGAAAACCCAUACUACAGCUCUGCUUUCAAGGCAACUAUGCGUGAUGUUCCCUUGGCCAUGCGAAUCUACCGCGCCGUUCUCUACUAUCAGAUGGAACGAGACUAUGCUGGCUUUCCGAUAGAGGGCGGCAAGACAAUCCGAGAAGAGUUGAAGCGAGAGAACGAGAGAUACGUCAAAACAACAGCCCCAAAGCGAUAUUGGGAGGCACUCAUUCCGAAGACGGAAAUUGGAUGCAAAAGAAAGGUGCUGGAUACAGAUUAUCUGGCAAGUUUACACAAAGACAACGUGGAGUUGGUCCAUGACGACCCUGUUGAAGAGAUCACAGAGAAUGGGGUUAAGACUCGAUCCGGAAGGGAAAUAAGAGCUGACGCCAUUGUCCUCGCUAUCGGCUUCGCAACGCAGCAGAUGCUGUUUCCUAUGCAGAUUGUAGGAAGAAAAGGAGUGAGUCUGAACGAAUACUGGGAUACUACCACCCAAUCAGUAGCACAAGCCUAUCUCGGUACCUGCGUCCCGUCCUUCCCAAACUUUUUCAUUCUCAUGGGACCAAACACCACCACCGGUCACUUGAGCGUUAUCUAUACUGUCGAGUGCCAGAUCAAUUUCAUUCUUCGGCUUAUCGAUUCCCUUGUUCGCUCUCUUCCAUCUUAUCGUACGCGUCUCCUCCCGUCUCUGACGCCCUCGUUUCUCCGACCCGCGCCUAGAACCAUCGAGGUUACCCGCGAAGCUGCUCAACGUGAUAGCGCAUGGACACAAAAGGAAGCUCGGAAGUUGGUGUGGAAUAGCGGAUGUGUGAACUGGGCGGUAGACCAGAAGACUGGAUUGAACAAUAUGAUGUACCCCGACUGGCAGUAUCUAUUCUGGCUAAGGAGUGUGUUUUGGAAGAAGUCAGACUUUGAGUACAGAGACGAGAAGACUGGAGUGGUGGUGAGUAGGAGCAGUUCAGGUCUGCUGAGUCUUGCUGGCUUGAUGGCAGUCUCAUUAAUGGUUGGGAGCGCAGUGUGGGGAGGGGAAGGGGUGACAGAAGGUUGGAUCACCAAGUUCCGUUCCAGAGGAUUAAAAUAG